UUCAUUGGAACUGUCAUCAUCACUCCCUCCGCGGUAGAAUGUUCCAACUGCCUUGAAGUGUAUUGAGAGGGGAAAAAUAUAUUUUUGUUUUCCAACUUGCAAUGAACAGGAUGCACUGUUUCAAAUAGUUUUGUUCAACUUGUUUUGCACUUCUGCACAUUUUCCUUUUUGACAAUCCAGGAUUAUUAUUAUUAUUAUUUUUUUGCAAGACUUUCAUCCAGCAGUUGUAGUGUAUCUACAUAUAUACAUAUAUUUAAAAACAAAACAGAAUCAAAAACAAAAACAAAAAUAUUAGCAUAUUUUUUUCUUGGGUGGAUUUGAAGUCCUUUUCUCCUAUUGGAGAGAAGUUUUGCCUUCAGAUCGGGACCGUGGAAAGCUGAACUGGACUGGGGAGAGGGGACUUUUUGGAAAUAAACGCCGUUAUCAUCAUAAAAAGCGGAGUAACACUUAAGAAGUGAAUUUGAGCAGUAUGAGGUUGGGGCGUCUGCUGAGGUUUCUUCUGGGAUUUGCUGCUGUUUCAUCUCUCUCCGUCAAGGAAAGUGAAGGUACAGAGCGAGAUAGCGAAGCUGAGAGGUACAGCGAACAGAAAGCCAGCAGGUCAAAAAGAAGAGGAGGCGGUCAAGAAGUGCUGAAGGGACCGAAUGUCUGUGGAUCACGUUUCAAUGCAUACUGCUGCCCAGGAUGGAAGACUCUGUCUGGUGGAAACCAGUGCAUUGUCCCGAUUUGCCGAAGCUCCUGUGGAGAUGGAUUUUGCUCCAGGCCAAACAUGUGCACCUGCCCAAGUGGUCAAAUUGCACCCUCUUGUGUUUCCAAAUCAGUUCAACACUGCAAUAUUAGAUGCAUGAAUGGGGGAUCGUGUGCAGAAGACCAGUGUUUGUGUCAGAAGGGUUACAUUGGGAAUCACUGUGGUCAGCCUGUCUGUGAAAGUGGAUGUGUAAAUGGAGGGAGGUGUGUUGGACCAAACCGAUGUGCCUGCACAUAUGGGUUUACCGGAGCACAGUGUGAACGAGAUUACAGGACCGGACCGUGCUUCUCUUCUGUAAGCAACCAGAUGUGCCAGGGGCAGCUGAGUGGCAUUGUGUGCACCAAAACACUGUGCUGCGCGACAGUUGGGCGGGCAUGGGGGCACCCCUGUGAGAUGUGUCCAGCCCAGCCCCAUCCCUGUCGCCGGGGAUUCAUUCCGAACAUCCGAACAGGAGCCUGUCAAGAUGUGGAUGAAUGCCAGGCCAUUCCAGGGCUCUGUCAAGGAGGAAAUUGUAUUAACACUGUGGGAUCCUUUGAGUGCAAAUGCCCAGCCGGACACAGAUUUAACGAAGUAACACAAAAAUGUGAAGACAUUGAUGAAUGCUCUAAUAUUCCUGGCAUCUGUGAUGGAGGUGAAUGUUCCAACACAAAGGGAAGUUACUUCUGCAAGUGUCCUCAAGGCUAUUAUACACCCCCUGAUGGCUCAAGAUGUAUAGAUGCGCGAGGUGGAUACUGCUUCUCAAGUCUAGUGAGUGGUCGCUGUGCCAACCAGCUCCCCCAGCUCCUCACCAGAAUGCAGUGCUGCUGUGACAGUGGACGGUGCUGGUCUGAUGGGUCUGCCCCAGCAAUGUGCCCAAUGCGUGGAACUGAUGAGUACAGAAAGCUCUGCUCCACUCAGAUCCCAGUCCCAGGUCAGCCAGAGUGGCCUGGUCCUAGUGUGCCAGUUGGACCAGAUGGUCGCCCCCUUGCCCCGGUGAUUGGAGAGCGGCCUGUUUUGCCACCUGAUGGUGGACUACCCAGGCCCCCAGUCAAUGGACAAACUACAGUGAUUCUUACACAAAAUAUAACUUUUGGUCUGAAUACUUGUGAAUUGUACCGGAAUCUGUGCAUUAAUGGACGCUGUAUCCCUACUCCUGGGAGCUAUCGAUGCGAGUGUAACAUGGGAUUCAGGCUUGAUGUCCGAGGAGAAUGUAUUGAUGAUGUCGAAUGUGAUAGAAACCCCUGUGUCAAUGGAGAUUGUGUAAAUACCCAAGGAUCUUAUUUCUGCCAAUGCCACGCUGGUUUUCAAAGCACAGCAACAAGGACAGAGUGCAGAGAUAUUGAUGAAUGUUUGGCGAAUGGCAGGAUCUGCAACAAUGGACGCUGUGUUAAUACAGAUGGCAGCUUUCACUGUGUAUGCAAUGCUGGUUUCGAGGUAACAUCAGACGGGCGUAACUGUGAAGAUCAAGAUGAAUGCCUUAUUAAGAACAUGUGUCUUAAUGGGAUGUGCAUUAAUGAAGAUGGGAGUUUUAAAUGCAUAUGCAAAUCUGGCUUCCAGUUAGCACCAAAUGGAAGAUUCUGCCAAGAUAUUGAUGAGUGUGAGACACCAGGCAUGUGCAUGAACGGACGCUGUGUAAACACGGAAGGCUCGUUUCGAUGUGACUGCCUCCCUGGUCUGGCGGUAGGACUGGAUGGGCGGGUCUGUGUUGAUACACACAUGCGCAGCACAUGUUACGGGGGUUACAAGAGGGGGCAAUGUGUCAAACCGUUCUUUGGAGCUGUGACCAAAUCGGAGUGUUGUUGUGCCAACAUUGAAUAUGCCUUUGGGGAGCCUUGUCAACCUUGCCCAGCACCAAACUCCGCUGAAUUCAAUGCAUUGUGCAGUAAAGGACCUGGUAUUACUUCUGAUGGGAGAGAUAUAAACGAGUGUGCCCUGGAUCCUGACCUUUGUCAAAAUGGAGUUUGUGAGAACCUGCACAGAACGUACAGAUGUAACUGCAACCAAGGAUAUGAAAUAGAUUCAAGUGGCAAAAACUGUGUUGAUAUUGAUGAAUGUGCAAUAAACAGGCAGCUGUGUGAAAAUGGACAAUGCCGAAACACGCCCGGGAGCUUCACCUGUUCCUGCCCAAAGGGAUAUGUCUUUAAAUCGGACACUGACGUUUGUGAAGAUAUUAAUGAGUGCGAAUCCAGCCCUUGUGUUAACGGAAACUGCAGGAACAACCCUGGCUCCUUCGCCUGUGAAUGUCUCCAGGGAAGCACACUAGAUAAAACUGGAACUGUUUGUGUCGAAACAGGCAAGGGGACUUGCUGGCUGAAGAUCAUUAAUGGGCGAUGUGAGAUCAAUAUCAAUGGAGAGACCCUGAAGUCACACUGCUGUGCCACAAUGGGGGCAGCCUGGGGAAGCCCCUGUGCCCCGUGUGAGCCAGAUCCAUUCUGUUCAAAGGGAUAUGCGAGAGUUAGAGGGACAACUUGUGAAGAUGUGAAUGAAUGUGAAGUAUUUCCUGGAGUUUGCACCAAUGGAAAGUGUGUAAAUACAGUGGGAUCUUUUAUUUGUCAGUGCCCCAGUGGAAUGACCCUGGAUGCCACUGGUCGAACAUGCGUUGAUCUGCGAAUGGAGUUUUGUUAUUUGACCCAUGAAGAUGAGAGGUGCUCCUCUCCAAUCCCUGGCAAACACCGUGUGGAUGCAUGCUGCUGCUCCGUGGGCGCUGCCUGGGGACCUGAGUGUGAAGAGUGCCCAGAGAAACGCACCCCAGAGUAUGAUCAGCUUUGUCCUCGAGGCCCAGGCUUCUCCCACAGAGGCGAUUUCGUCAAUGGAAGGCCUUUCUUGAAAGAUGUCAACGAGUGCAAAAUGAUCCAUAAUCUGUGCAGUAAUGGCAAAUGCAGGAACACAAUCGGUAGUUUCAAAUGCAAAUGUGACAGUGGCUUUGCACUUGACUCAGAGGAAAGGAACUGCACUGAUAUUGACGAGUGUCGGAUAUCUCCUGAUCUUUGCGGAAAGGGAACUUGCGUCAACACUCCUGGGGACUUUGCAUGUGAAUGCUUUGAGGGUUACGAAAGUGGAUUUAUGAUGAUGAAGAACUGCAUGGACAUCGACGAGUGUGAAAGGAACCCGCUUCUGUGCCGCGGAGGGGUGUGUGUUAACACAGAGGGCAGUUUCCUCUGCGAGUGCCCCACUGGCCAUCAGGUUGCUACGGAUGGGUCGGCCUGUUUAGAUGUUAAUGAAUGUGAGCUAAGCGAUAACCUUUGCAGGAACGGCCGUUGUGUGAAUAUGAUCGGGCGCUACCAGUGUGCCUGUAACACAGGGUAUAGAUCUACUGAUGACAGAUUAGCCUGUGUUGAUAUCGAUGAGUGCACCAUACAAAAUGGAGGAUGUGAAACCUUUUGUACAAAUUCUGAAGGAAGUUAUGAGUGCAGCUGUAGGACAGGCUAUGCACUGAUGCCAGACCAAAGAACAUGCACAGACAUUGAUGAGUGUGAGGACAAUCCUGAUAUCUGUGAUGGGGGACAGUGCACCAACAUCCCUGGCGAAUAUCGGUGUCUGUGUUACGAUGGGUUUAUGGCCUCUGAGGAUAUGAAGACAUGCCUAGAUGUUGAUGAGUGUGAACUCAAUCCAAAUAUCUGCCUUAGUGGGAACUGUGAGAACACAAAAGGCUCAUUCAUUUGCCACUGUGACCUGGGAUAUUCGGUGAAGAAGGGAACCACUGGCUGUACAGAUAUAAAUGAGUGUGAGAUUGGGGCCCACAACUGUGACAAACAUGCUACCUGUACCAAUACAGCUGGGAGCUUUAAAUGCAGCUGUGGUCCAGGAUGGAUUGGCAAUGGAAUUAAAUGUGUUGAUCUGGAUGAGUGUUCUAAUGGAACUCACAUGUGCAGUGCUAAUGCAGAAUGUAGAAACACCAUGGGGUCUUACCGGUGUCUGUGUAAAGAGGGCUACUCUGGAGAUGGCUUCUUCUGUACAGAUAGUGACGAGUGUGCAGAGAAUGCCAAUCUCUGUGAGAAUGGCCACUGUCUGAAUAUUCCUGGUGGAUUCCGUUGUGAUUGUGACAUGGGCUUUACACCAACUGUGGAUGGAAAAGCAUGUCAAGAUAUUGAUGAAUGUGGAUUCCCUGAUAUCUGUGUAUAUGGAACCUGUCACAAUAUUCCAGGACUGUUUCGAUGUGAAUGUGACACAGGUUAUGAAUUGGACAGGACUGGUGGCAACUGUACAGAUGUCAAUGAGUGUGCUGAUCCGACGACUUGCAUCAGUGGAAUUUGCGUUAACACCCCCGGCAGCUACCGCUGCAACUGCCCUCCAGGUUUUGAGCUCAAUCCAACACGGGUUGGCUGUGUGGAUACACGUUCUGGCAAUUGUUACCUGGAAUUCCAGCCACGUGGAGACGGGUCUGAUGUUCUGUCCUGUUCUAAUGAGAUCGGUGUUGGCGUUUCAAAGGCUUCUUGUUGCUGUUCGUUGGGUCAAGCUUGGGGCAAUCCUUGUGAGCAGUGCCCGCCCAUUAAUUCUUCUCAUUAUAAAAUAUUAUGUCCGGGUGGAGAAGGCUUCAGACCCAACCCCAUUACAGUCAUUCUUGAAGAUAUCAAUGAGUGUCUGGAGUUACCGGGGCUUUGCCAAGGAGGAAAUUGCAUCAACACGUUUGGAAGCUUCCAAUGUGAAUGUCCCCCUGGCUUUUACCUAAAUGUAGAAACACGAGUCUGCGAUGAUGUUAACGAAUGUGAAACGCCUGGUAUCUGUGGUCCAGGAACAUGUUACAAUACAGUCGGAAACUAUACCUGUAUUUGCCCUCCAGACUACAUGCAGGUCAAUGGUGGAAACAAUUGUAUGGAUAUGAGAAGGAGUCUGUGCUACAGGAAUUUUCAUUCUGACAAUGGGACUUGCGAUGGUGAGCUGCCAUUCAAUAUGACCAAGAAGAUGUGCUGCUGCUCCUAUAAUAUUGGACGUGCCUGGAACAAGCCCUGUGAACAGUGCCCUAUACCGAGCACCAAUGAGUUUGAGAUCCUCUGUGGAAGCCAGAGACCUGGAUUUGUAAUUGACAUCUAUACAGGGCAGCCAGUUGACAUUGACGAAUGCAGGGAUAUCCCCGGAGUAUGUGAGAACGGAGUGUGCAUCAACAUGAUUGGCAGCUUCAGGUGUGAAUGUCCGGUGGGCUUUGUGUACAACGACAAAUUACUGAUCUGCGAAGAUAUUGAUGAAUGUCAGAAUGGACCAGUUUGUCAACAGAAUGCAGACUGUCUGAACACGGCAGGCAGCUAUCGCUGUGAAUGUAAACCAGGCUACAGGUUCACUUCUACUGGGCAGUGUAUUGAUCGCAAUGAGUGUCUGGAAUUGCCCAAUGCAUGCAGUCAUGGGCAGUGUAUUGACAUUGUUGGAAGCUUCCGUUGCAUCUGCAAUAAUGGAUUUAAAGCAACUGCAGAUCAAACUAUGUGUAUAGAUGUUGAUGAAUGCGAACGGCAACCGUGUGGCAAUGGGACAUGUAAAAAUACCGUUGGCUCAUACAACUGCCUGUGUUAUCCUGGAUUUGAUCUUUCUCACAACAAUGACUGCAUAGAUGUGGACGAGUGUUCAACCAUUAGGGGGCUCUGCCGGCACGGCAACUGUAUAAACACUGUGGGCUCAUUCGUGUGUGUGUGCCAGGAUGGCUACGAACUCACUGCUGAUGGCAGGAGCUGUGUUGAUAUUAAUGAGUGUGUGGUGAAUCCUGGUACUUGCGGUCCUGGAACCUGUCAGAAUUUGGACGGGACCUACAGAUGUAUCUGCCCACCUGGAUACUACUUGACAGAGGAGAGAUGUGAAGAUAUUGACGAAUGUGCACAGAGUCCGGAUAUCUGUGUAUUUGGCACGUGCUCAAAUACUCAAGGCAGUUUUAUAUGCAAGUGCCCAGAAGGCUUCCAAUUGUCAUCAACUGGGAGAAGAUGUAAUGAUAUAAGAGUAAACUUCUGCUUUACCAAGUUUGAGAAUGGGAAGUGUUUUGCUGCCAAAGCCAGGAACACCACAAAGUCAGCGUGUUGCUGUAGUGCCAUGCCAGGGGAGGGCUGGGGCAGCCCCUGUGAAAUCUGCCCUAAACAGAAUGAAUCGGCGUUCGCUCUGCUCUGCCCAGGAGGGUAUGGCCACGAUGUUGACAGUGGGGACUCCAGAGUUGAUUUGGACGAGUGCUCGUCAGACCCAGGUAUCUGUAAAAACGGCCAGUGCAUUAAUACAGACGGCUCCUUCCGGUGUGAAUGUCCAUUUGGAUUUAGUCUGGAUUACAGUGGAAUAAAUUGUGAAGAUACUGACGAGUGUUCUGUGGGUAAUCCUUGUGGCAACGGAACAUGCACAAAUGUGGUUGGAGCUUUCGAAUGCGCGUGUGAGGAGGGCUUUGAGCCUGGACCCAUGAUGUCCUGUGAAGAUGUGAACGAAUGUGCUCAGAAUCAUCUGCUCUGUGCUUUUCGCUGUGUGAACAUUGUUGGCUCAUAUGAGUGCAGAUGUCCUGCGGGCUAUGUUCUCAGAGAAGAUAAAAGAAUGUGCAAAGACCAAAACGAGUGUGAAGAUGGAAUUGAUGACUGUGAGUCCAAAGGAAUGCUCUGCAAGAACCUGAUAGGACUCUACAUGUGUAUCUGCCCACCUGGGUAUGUGCGCAGGCCCAAUGGAGACGGCUGCAUUGAUAAGAAUGAAUGUACAGCCAAACCGGGCAUCUGUGAGAACGGCCGCUGCAUUAACACAGUUGGCAGCUACAGGUGCUCAUGCCAUGAAGGGUUUAGUGCCAGCUCCUCUGAGACUGAAUGCAUUGACAACCGGCAAGGGUUUUGCUUCACUGAGGUCCUGCAGAGUCUCUGCCAGAUGACGUCUAGCAGCCGAAACGCCGUCACCAAGUCUGAGUGCUGCUGUGACGGGGGCCGUGGCUGGGGUCCGAACUGCGAGAUCUGCCCCUUGCCUGGCACCGGACAGUUCAAAAAGAUGUGCCCACUUGGGCCCGGGUACACUACCGAUGGGAAUGACAUUGAUGAAUGCCGUGUCAUAGGAGGUCUUUGUCAAAAUGGACAGUGCAUAAAUAACAUGGGAUCCUAUAGCUGCUUGUGCAAAUCUGGAUAUACUACAGAUUUAACAGGGACUGGCUGUGUGGAUCUUGACGAAUGCGUUCAAGCGCCGAAGCCUUGCAAUUUCAUCUGCAAAAACAUUGAAGGGAGCUACCUGUGCUCCUGUCCAAGAGGCUACAUCCUCCAAGAAGAUGGAAAGAGUUGCAGAGAUCUUGAUGAGUGCUCAACCAAACAGCACAAUUGUCAGUUCCUGUGUGUCAACACAAUUGGGGGGUUCACUUGUAAAUGCCCACCUGGGUUUACGCAACAUCACACAGCAUGCAUCGAUAACAAUGAAUGCAUGUUGGAGGCUGGAUUGUGUGGAGCAAAGGGAAUCUGCCAGAAUACUCCAGGAAGCUUCAGUUGUGAAUGCCAGCGUGGAUAUCUGCUGGACCAAAAUGGACAGAACUGUGAAGAUAUGGACGAGUGUGACGGGAACCAUCGAUGCCAGCAUGGUUGUCAGAAUAUGAUUGGAGGGUACCGGUGCAGCUGCCCUCAAGGGUAUCUUCAGCAUUACCAGUGGAACCAGUGUGUGGAUGAAAACGAAUGCCUCAGCUCCCAGGUUUGUGGAGGAGCCUCUUGCCACAAUACCCUCGGAAGCUUCCGGUGUAUCUGCCCCACAGGAUUCCAGUUUGAACAGUUCCGAGGAGCAUGCCAUGACGUCAAUGAGUGUGCUUCCUCUCAGAGUCCCUGCAGCUAUGGAUGCUCCAACACUGACGGUGGUUACCUCUGUGCCUGUCCAACCGGCUACUACAGAGUGGGACAAGGGCACUGUGUAUCUGGAGUCGGAAUUGGAAAUGGAGACCAAGCACUGGCAGUAGAAGGAGUGGGAGGAGACACAGAUGACAACUCACUUUCACCAGAAGCUUGCUAUGAAUGCAAGAUUAAUGGCUAUCCCAAGAAGGGCAGGAAACGCAGAAGCACCAAUGGAACAGAAGCUGAACCUCAGAAUGACUCGCAGGAUGAAAAUGAGAGCAUCAGCCUUGCCAGUGUGGACAUUGAUGAACCUCUAGUCUUCAGCUUGAACAUCACUGACCUGGACAAAAAAGACCACAUCCUGGAGCUGGUGCCAGCGCUCACCGCACUGACUAACCACGUCCGAUACUUGAUUGAUUUCGGAAACGAGGAUGGCUUUUUCAAAAUCAACCAAAAAGAAGGAAUAAGCUAUCUUCACCUGACCAAGAAGAAACCCAUACCUGGAGCCUAUUCGUUACAAAUCAGCAGCAUCCCGCUGUAUAAAAAGAAGGAGCUUGAUCAUCUGGAGGAUAAACAUGACAAAGACUACCUCACUGGUGAGCUCGGUGACAUCCUUAAAAUGAAAAUCCACAUUAUUCUUCAUUAACUUAGCAAUUGAAGAACAAUCUGACAUUGCUUAUGCCAAAGAAAAGGCUGAACUGUUGCUGUUGAUUCCCAAGCAGAUUCUACAUAUCAUGGAUACAAUCUCUUAUUACUUUGAAGUAUGAGCAAGCACUGCUACAUGUUGAAAAAAAAAAUAAAAAAUUUAAAUAUAUGUAAGGUACGGCAUGCAAACCCUAGCCAAAAUCAAUCACUUUCUCAGGCUUUGUAUAAAUAAAGCUCAGCCUCUUUAAGAAGAUGCAGGUGUUGUGUUGUAUAAUGAUAUGUUGAAUCUUAAAACACUUUACUGGGACUUAUUAUUUCUAAGCACCAAUGCUGAGGCAUUUCAUCAGUUCAGAAGUAUACGAUUUUGCUCUGCCUUGAAGGAUUUUUUUCUAUCUGUAACUUUGCUUCUCCGAUUUUCCGACUCACUACUGCUAGAGCAGCAAUUUAUUAUAUUAACUGGUGCUAGUCACGUUGACAUCCUAAAUUUAUGAAUGCACUGUAAUAUUUUACAAACUGGUAGCCGGAAUGCAAUUACUAUUCAGUCUAAAUAUUUCAAUUACUUUGCAGACCAACCAAAGUUGUCUCAGUUAUACCUAUAAUACAUGUAAAUUAAGUGUGUCUAUACUGUAAUCAUGCUACUUUUUUAAUCAUGGAAGCAUUUGUAAACUAGAUUUUUAGUUUUUUGAAAACCCUAUAUGUUAGGGUUUUGUAAUGGUGCUUGUAAUGACCAACCUCUUCUUGUACUUGUAUACACCAUCCUGAUGAUGCAAAAUAUGUGACUUCCUUACAAAUUAUGCACUGAGGCCAGCAUAGGGCCACAAAGGUUCUCAGUCAGGUGACAAUCAAUGCUGUCAACAAGGUGACAUUAAAGACAACAUCUGCACAGUACACAUCAAUGAGGGUUUAGUGUCAGUGACAUCACAAUAAAAUCAUGUUUUGGUUUAA